AUGACAAAGAGUGGAUGGAAGGCUAAUCCAGACUUUUUCAAACAACAACAAAACAAUAAUGAUAUACAGGUUUUUGUUGGAAAACGACCUACUACAAGCAAUAUUGCUUCAUCAUCUACAAAAAUACAACAAGUAUCCACAAGACCUUCAACAAGUAUUCAACCGGAAGAGACAAAACUUUCAUCAAGAUUAUUAAGUAACAAAUCAAAACCAAGAAAAGAGCCAAUACCCCCACAACAGGAGUCAUUAUACGAGAUGACAAAGUAUUUAAACAAACAGACGAGGGAUAUUUACAAUAAUGAAGAUAGUUUUCAGCUUGAUGACUCAGAUUCACGACUUUUCAAGCCUGCCAGGCAACAUACUCUACAUAUGGAUGAUUUAGAGGACUCUUUCAAUGAAAGUGACACACAAGAGCAAGAAGAUGAGUAUGAUCCGAGGAGCCCACAAUCAAUACAUGAAUCUCCAAUUAAAAAACCACUUCCUUCCCAUAGAAGAUCAUUAUCGGCUAGAAUGCUUCCUAAUAUGGGAAGGGGGUUUGCUACCACAAAAAGAGAAGAGUCAGAAGAAGACUCUCCCAUUAAGGAGCAAUUGAGAGAAGAAGUAAUACCAAAAAGAAAGGCUCCUAGGUACCCUUCAUCUCUUUUAAAUAAGAACACUAACUCAGAGCAAGUAAUGGAAGAAAUUACUCCUUCAAAUGCUCAAUUAAGAAAAUCACAGGAAGAAAUAACCAAACUUUCAGGAGAAAGUUUAAUUGGAAAUGAAGCAACAACUUCAUUUACAGGUACCUCCACAAAUACUAACGCUAGAGAAGCUAGUCAUUAUGAUUAUGCUGCUAGAGACCAAAAUCUUCAGCGAACCCAAAAUCUCCAAAAUAAUCGAUAUCAACAACCAGAAAUAAGCAAAGAACAUGCAAUUGUUGAUACCCCAAAACAAAGUGCCACUACUGCGAAAGUAAUGUCUAUCAUCAACAGAGAAAGCCCAAAAGAGAGGCAGUACAAUAGAAACAAAAUUAUGGGUACUUCAUACAGCCUUACUCCUUUCGCGCUGGAUGAUAAUAUUUCAAGUUUACAAACAGCUAACAUUGAUGAACAGUUAAUGCAACUCUCUCUCGAAAAAACAAGAUUAGAAGGUGAUAUGCAAAAGCUAUUUUCAAUGGGGAUAAAGAGUAUUGCAGCUAAAAAACAAAAAAUGAGCUUGGAGCUAAGGUUAGAAGAAAUUGAAAAACAAAGCUCCCAGCUUAAAAUGAGAUUGAGGAAUAUGAAUUACUAA